AUGUUAGAUUGUGAUGGUGUAUUGUGGAAGACAGAUUUUAUGUCUUCAAUUCCAGGAAUCCCUGAUACUAUAAAUCAUAUUCGGAAUUUAGGUAAAAGGAUAUUAUUUGUUACUAAUAAUAGUAGACUUUCAAGGGAAACCUGUGCUCAAAAACUAUUGUUAAAUCAUGGAAUAGAACCUGGAGAUAGAAAAGAUAUAUUUUGUGUUUGUUAUUCUAUAGCUGUUUAUUUAAAAGAUGUUCUGAAGAUAUCUGGUAGUGUUUAUACUAUUGGUACAGAGGCCAUGCAAUCAGAAUUGACUUUGCAAGGCAUCACUAAUUUUGGUACUGGUUUAGAAAUCGACAAACCUACAAAGAACCAAGAUGAGUUGCUUAAUAUGUUCUUCAGGAAUGAUGUUGAAGCUGUAGUGGUAGCUUUUGAUGAAUAUUUUAAUUUUGUGAAGCUAUAUAAAGCAGCAAGCUAUCUGUGUAAUCCCUCCUGUCAUUUUCUUGUGUCUACUAAUAGGGGAACUGGUGUUCUCUUAGCACCAAACAGAUUUCAACCAUUAACAGGUCCAAUAGUUAAUGCUGUGUCCUUUGCUUCACAAAGAGAGCCAGUAGUGAUAGGAAAGCCAUCCAGUCAUAUGUUUGAAACUAUUCAACAACUUAUCCUCACAUGGACAAAUCAAAGAUUUGCAAAAACAUGUGGAAUUGAUUCUGCUUUUGUUUUGAGUGGAGUGGACUCACUUCAAACUCUUCAACAAAGACCCAAUGACACAUUUGUACCUGAUUAUUAUCUUCAAUCACUUAAUGAACUUAAUUUUACUUAA